UACAGAGGGUCGGUCAGGGUUGUCGCUGCGGCAGGGAAAACUAUCUUUACGAGGAGAAUAAAUCAUGAAACGAUCGUGCAUCUGUAAUAUCUGUAACUGCGGACGUCAUCGCUGCAAACAACAGUCCACUGCCUUGUACAGUAAGGGACCCAAGGUUCGUUCAGACAGUGCAGAGAAAUACCCAUCAUAUGGGCCCUACUCCCCCCCCAAGAGCAGAAAACCCAAGCUGGAGUACCAGGAGAAUCGGGAGAGAAUGGAUGGAACCAGCACCUUCAAGUCCGACUACAUCCCUCAUGAAGUUACGCCCCAGUAUGUGAGACAGCAAGUGGAGUACAGGCCUAAGAGCGGAGACAUCGAUCUCAGGACGACGUACAAGCUGGACUUCAACAGAUACCAGGUGCGGCCGUUCAUACCUGUGAGACCCUUGCGGAGAUCCCACCUGAACGAGGGGAGGCUGGACACGCUGCCCACUUACAAAGAGGAUUUCCGACCAUGGGAAAUUAGCAAGAGGGAAUUGGCGAAACCAGAAUUUACCUAUCGCCUUCCAUCUGGAAAGUUUGGAAAUGCAACAACAUUCCAGGAUGCUUUUGUUCCUAGAGGCCUGGUUCCUCGGGAAAGCUUUAAGCCUCCCAGCAUAGCCAAGCUUUCCUGCGUGCCCUUUGACGGCCUCACCAGCAAUCGCGUCUCAUACGUGCCUCACGCACUGGAGGCCAGGUAUGUCAGGGCCCCCGAGGAGAACAAGCCCAACAACCAGCCCUUCCAGGGUCAUACCACCCACCAGUCAGACUUCCAAGGCUUACCUGGACAGCCGCCAGAGAGCUGCAAGCCACUGGUUACCAAGGCAACCUCGGAAGCCCCCUUUGAAAGUCGCACGGAAUUCCGGGACAGUUUCCAGCAGUGGCCAGUGACUCUACCACAGCUCUCAAAAUCAGUGGACUAUGAAAGCCCCACAAAACCCAUGGACCUAAGCACAACCACCAAGAAUGAUUUUAUCAGACACAACGUACAGCCAUUCAUCCCUGUCAAGCCUGCCUCACAUGCAAAGAGGUCCACGGCUCCUUUCCAAGGUAGCACCACCACAAGGGAGACCUUCAGACCAUGGAUGGUGGAGAUACAAGAGAAGAGAAGCAAGCCAGAAGAAGUACCAAAAGCCAGCGAGAAGAUGGAGAACCUGACUACCUCUAAGCUGCACUACAUCCAGCAUCAGAUCCAACCCAACCCAAGCUUUAAACCCAAAAAUGUCCCCAUGAGAACACAGUCUCCAUUUGAUGAUAGAACGAUGUACCGCACGGAGUUCACAGCCAAGAAGACGGACAUGUGCCCGGCCAGCUUUGACUCUCCUCACGGCUACAUCUUCCAGGAGAGCGAUGAACGAGGCCAUAGGUUCUACCGCAGGCUGUCUUCUCAGGAAAGGAACGAUGAGGCCAGUGCACCUGAGAUCCCAUCUACUGAGCUGGCUGCGAUCUCAUGA